AUGAAAGGAGGAAAAUCAAGCGGUGCUACAAGGAAAGCCGAUACCAAGUUGGCUGUAAAGAAGACUGCAGCCAAGGGGAAAGCAGCUAAGGAUCCCAAUAAACCCAAGAGACCCGCUAGCGCCUUCUUUGUGGAGGACUUUAGAAAGCAGUUCAAAGAAGAUCACCCUGACAACAAAUCUGUUGCAGCUGUAAGUGAUCUUCCUUUUUGCCUUUUGUCAUCGAAACUUCUUAAGCUUUGUUUCAAGUUUGUAAAGCUAUUGGGCAAAAUGGAAGUUAAAACUAUACUAGUGCUCUCUUUCCUUUGUUUUCAUACUUAUUAUUAUGAUCCAGUUGCACUGAGCAUGGUCGAACAAGCUGCAAAGCCACUUGCAAGGCCUGUUUGGGUUUUAGAUGCUACACCUGGAAAGGUACGUGCAGGUAGAGACGGAGAUGAUCAUCCUGCUGAAUUGAUCAUUUUUCUAAGAGCAUUGCCUAACCAGGUCAUAUCAAAAAUGGAGGUCAUCAGUGGUCUUAUGCGUGAGGGGUUUUUGAAUGAAGUGGCUCAGUGGGUGGUUACCAAUCUUCGGAAGACAAACCCUUCUGAUUCGUCUUCGUCUGCCUAUUCUUGGACAUUUGACCUUGAUGGAAUUGCCCAAAUGUAUCAAUCCUAUGAAGAAACUAAUCUAUGGUGCUAUAAGCAUGAGUUCCUCAAGGAUUUCUUUCUUUCUACUGGAUUAUUAUUUCAAUACGAAGUAGAACUUGAUGCUUUCCUUGAGUUUCUUAUCUGGAGGUUCUCAAUUUGGGUUCAUAAACCUACUCUAGGAUAUGCUCUCAUGAAUCUACGAUACGGAGAUGAACUCACCAUGGAAACAAGAGCAAAACGAUAUGCACACGGAAAUAUGGAUUUAUUGAAAGAUCAAGAUGUCAUUAGGAUUGUGCUUAACUUAUUGAAGACAAAUACAAGUGUUGCCACUGGACUUGGAACAAAUUGGAUAGUAAUUUGUGCCCCUGAUGAUGGAUCAUGUGCUUGGGGAUAUUUUGAUGUAUGUAAAGAUGAUGUGGCGACUGUUAGCCCAACUGGACAAGAUGAGAAUCUAUUAAGCCCUAUAAUGGCUCCUUUUCACUCUUCACAGUUAUCAGGGUUCACCGAUGGGAAUGAGGUCAAAAGAGAUUUUUCGGAUCUUUCUUGGGUUGGAAAUGUUACAGGGCUUAUAGCUAAAUCUGCAAUCUUUUUUCUGUUUUGA